AUGCUGCUUCAAGUGUGCAAAUUUUGUUAUUUGUUUUGGUUUUUUGUUGCAGUGGAGGCUCUGGUGAGUAUAAAGAGAGGUCUGAAUGACCCACAUGGAGUGUUGAACAACUGGGAUGAAGACUCUGUGGAUCCUUGUAGUUGGGCUAUGAUCACUUGUUCUUCUGAUAAUCUUGUUAUUGGCCUUGGAGCUCCAAGCCAGUCUUUGUCUGGAACUUUAUCAGGAGCAAUUGGAAAUCUCACUAAUCUUCGCCAAGUGUUGUUGCAGAACAACAACAUAUCAGGUGAAAUCCCUCCUGAGUUUGGAGGUCUUCCAAAACUUCAAACGUUUGAUCUCUCUAACAACAGGUUCUCUGGUGUAAUUCCAAGCUCCCUUGGCCAACUAAACAGUCUUCAAUAUUUGAGGCUGAACAACAAUAGCUUGACUGGACCUUUUCCUGUGUCUUUGGCCAAAAUUUCCCAGCUUGCUUUCUUGGACUUGUCUUAUAACAAUCUCAGUGGACCAGUUCCCAAGUUUCCGGCUAGAACAUUCAAUGUUGUGGGGAACCCAUUAAUUUGUGGAAGCAGCUCCACUGAUGUUUGCUCAGGAUCACCCAAUAGUGUUCCUCUUUCCUUCUCUCUAAAUGCAUCACCUGGAAAACACAAUUCCAAGAAAUUAGCAAUUGGUCUUGGUGUUAGCCUGAGUGUUGUGUGCCUCGUACUCAUUGCUCUUGCACUCCUUUGGCACAGAAAGAGACAGAGGAACCUUAUUAUCCUUAACAUUGGUGACAAACCGGAAGAGGGUCUAAUAAGCCUUGGUAAUCUGAGAAACUUCACUUUCAGAGAGCUACAACUUGCGACGGACAAUUUCAGCUCCAAGAACAUACUUGGUGCUGGAGGAUUUGGCAAUGUGUAUAGGGGAAAGCUAGGAGAUGGGACUAUGUUGGCGGUGAAACGGUUGAAGGAUGUGGCCGGAACCUUUGGGGAAUCUCAGUUUAGGACUGAAUUAGAGAUGAUCAGCUUGGCCGUUCACCGGAACUUGCUUCGGUUAAUUGGAUAUUGUGCCACUCCUAAUGAGAGGCUUUUGGUUUAUCCUUACAUGUCUAAUGGCAGUGUGGCUUCCAGGCUUAGAGCAAAACCAGCUCUAGACUGGAACACUAGGAAGAGGAUAGCAAUUGGAGCUGCAAGAGGUCUGCUGUAUCUACACGAGCAAUGUGAUCCGAAGAUAAUUCACAGAGAUGUGAAGGCUGCUAAUGUACUUCUGGAUGACUUCUGUGAGGCUGUUGUUGGUGACUUUGGCCUGGCAAAGCUGCUUGACCAUGCUGAUUCUCACGUCACUACUGCUGUCCGUGGCACUGUUGGGCACAUCGCUCCUGAGUACCUCUCCACUGGUCAGUCAUCUGAGAAAACCGAUGUGUUUGGAUUUGGCAUUCUCCUGUUAGAGCUCAUUACUGGGAUGAGAGCUCUAGAGUUUGGCAAGACAAUAAAUCAGAAAGGAGCCAUGCUUGAAUGGGUGAAGAAAAUUCAGCAGGAAAAGAAAGUAGAAGUGUUGGUGGACCGGGAGCUAGGGAGCAACUAUGACCGGAUCGAGGUAGGGGAGAUCCUCCAAGUGGCAUUGCUAUGCACACAGUACCUUCCUGCCCACCGCCCCAAAAUGUCGGAGGUGGUCCGCAUGCUCGAAGGCGAUGGCCUAGCUGAAAAAUGGGCAGCAUCACAUAAUCACACAAAUCCCACCAUGAACCUCUUCCAUGGCAACACCACCAACAAAAACACAUCUCGCCCCACCACGGCACCAAACCAUGCCCAUGUCCACUCCCACGACCAGUCAAGCAUGUUUGGCACAGCAAUGGACGAUGACGAUGAUGACCGUUCUCUGGAUUCCUACGCCAUGGAGCUCUCUGGUCCAAGAUAGUAAGAACAACAAAAAAAUACAAGUGAAUUUUUUUUUUUCCAAAUUCUUUGCAAGCCAAUAUAUAUAUUUAAGCAAAAGAUAGGUUGAUUUUUAAGUUGUCUAGCUUCAUGGGGGUGCUGCAAUGUAAAUAUUACUUGAUGUUUUGAUCAAAUGAGUCAAAAUCUCAAUGGUAGGGGUCAUGUUGAUGUAUAGGGGGCGACAUUGUGAAGAUUCUCUGAUCCCAAGUGAGGGACAGAGAGAGAGAGAGUCAAUUUGGGGAAUUGAUUCUGAGGGGUUUUGACUGAAAGUUGGUAAUGAUAUUUGCACUGUUUUUGAGCUCUGUGAAUUUGUGAUGUUUAAGUUUUUGUUCAAA